CCGGUGUCUGUGCCUGAGGUUAACCAGCUACCAUGGGGAACAUUUUUGGCAACCUUUUGAAGAGCCUCAUUGGGAAAAAGGAGAUGCGGAUUUUGAUGGUCGGGCUGGAUGCAGCUGGAAAGACCACAAUCUUGUACAAGCUGAAGCUGGGAGAGAUAGUCACUACUAUUCCUACUAUUGGUUUUAAUGUGGAGACUGUAGAGUACAAGAAUAUCAGCUUUACAGUGUGGGAUGUUGGUGGCCAGGACAAAAUCCGACCUCUGUGGCGUCACUACUUUCAGAACACACAAGGUCUGAUCUUCGUGGUGGACAGCAAUGACCGUGAGCGAGUGAACGAAGCCAGAGAAGAGCUGAUGAGGAUGCUGGCUGAGGAUGAACUGAGAGAUGCCGUACUUCUCAUCUUUGCCAACAAGCAGGAUCUGCCAAAUGCCAUGAAUGCUGCAGAAAUCACUGAUAAGCUUGGUCUCCACUCCCUACGCCAUCGUAACUGGUAUAUCCAAGCCACUUGCGCCACCAGUGGAGAUGGUCUAUAUGAGGGUUUGGAUUGGCUGGCCAACCAACUCAAGAACAAAAAAUGAGGCAGUCUGGAUCCAGGCAGAACCGGUAGGAGCGGAGCACCUGAGUGGAAGCUCAACAGGGAGCACCAAUGGUUUCCAAGUUUCUUUCAUUCUGUUUACAAGCUGAGGCCAAUGGGAGUUGGGUCAUCCCAGACAGUGUAUCCCCUCACUACACCCCAAAUAACAGAUCUGUGAGAAGAUUGGGGUAGAACCCAUAAUUCAUGCUCAUAUUUAUUAGCAAAGAUAGAUAGAUAGAUAGAUAGAUAGAUUCUCAUGUGAUUUAAACAUCUCAGUUUCUCGUAUCUGUACACUGUAUAAAAGACAGCACUGGGAGCGAAGGAAAAGCUUUUACUUAUAUGACUACUAUGGGAGUAACUCUUAAAUGCAGGUCAUUUAAACUAGAUUACUGCACUGAUAGAUGAGAAACUUGUUGAUUCAGUUUCCUAAAAAUAUUUAAAUAAAAUCGAGGGUAAUAAUAUUCAGAAAAAAAAAGUUUUUUUUGGUAAAGUGGUGUUGUUUUGCUACUGAAAAAUUAAAUAAAAUAGAAUUGCAUUGUAAGUUAUUAUUAGCAUUUCAGCCAGAUUUCAUGACUGUCAAUGUUACAGAGUGGUUGUGAUGCUCUUAUUGCAUGUAUCUACAUAAUAAAGGUUAAAGUAUACUUAAUGUUUUACAUGUACAGAUGCAAUGCUUUUCAAGGAAACUCCUUAUGAUAGGCUCACAGGCUCCUGUCUUAAUCCACUCAAACAACAGCUUGUCAAUGUGGGUGUCUUUGUCUUUGGUAGUUUGUUGUUCUGCCACAUCUGUUUCUUUUCCAAUUGUUUUCAUUGUUAAUACCUUGUGGCCAAAUUUCAUAUGGCACACUUCUGGUAAACAAAUAAACAUACAUUGUCUCAUCCAUUAA